GCAACACAAUUUGAUAAACGGACAUAAUAAUGCUAAGACUAAAUAGAUCAAACAACCUUUAUAAGCACUUGUUUAGAAGAUUACAAAUAGCCAAAUACCACGCAGAUGAUGGAUGUUAUGGUUAUCGUCCGAAGGAGACGCUCAAGUUUCAAGAGGACAAAGCUGCACAGAGGAACAGAAUUCAUCAUUCAAAUCUAUUCAGACUUAUUACAGCCUACCGGAAACAUGGACAUAAAGCUGCAAAUGUAAAYCCCUUGGGAAAAGUUGCAAGAUCAAGGCUGGAUGAUUUGGAAGUAACAGAGCUUAACCUAGAUGAGUAUGGUCUUGAACACAUAGAUCUCAAUACACCAGUCAAACUUUCAGGCUUAAUUCACAUAGAAGACAARCAUGAAGCAUCAUAUAAUGAAAUUCUGGAUCAAUUAAAAAGGGCUUAUUGUGGAGAAUUAUCAGUAGAAUUACAUCACCUUCAGAGUGAAAAAGAAAAACUUUGGUUUGCAAAUCUUGUUGAAGAGAGCAUCCAUUGGUCUUUAGAUAGUGCAAGACAAAAACAUAUUGCAAAGCUGCUACUGAGGUCUCAGGCAUUUGAUAACUUUGUGGCCAAGAAAUUCAUCACUGUGAAGAGAUAUGGUGGAGAGGGAGCAGAGAGCAUGAUGRUAUUCUUUGAUGAGUUGUUUCAACAGGCCUCCACAGAUGGCUUUGAGGAUGUUGUGAUAGGAAUGCCACACAGAGGAAGACUAAACUUGUUGACAGGGCUGUUAAAGUAUCCAUUGCCUUUGCUAUUCUCUAAGAUGAUGGGUAAUUCUGAAUUCUUUGAUGGAGCUCAGGCCUCUGGGGAUGUACUUUCACAUUURACCAGUUCUGUUGACCUUGACCUUGGUGGAACAAGUCCAUUACAUGUGACUAUGAUACCCAAUCCCUCUCAUCUGGAAGCUAACUGCCCAGUAGCUGCUGGGAAAGUUAGAGCAAAGCAGAUGUCAAAGCAMUGGGGUGAUUAUACCCAGAAUGGUUUUAUUGAUAAGGCAUUAUGUGUUUUAGUACAUGGCGAUGCAUCAUUUAUAGGGCAGGGAAUUAUUGCUGAGACCCUUGKCAUGUCAGCUCUGCCACAUUAUGAUGUUGGUGGAACUGUUCACUUGAUUGUUAACAAUCAGUUAGGAUUCACAACACCAGCAAAUAGGGGAAGGUCUUCAAUGUAUGCUAGUGAUAUUGCAAAAAUUGUGGACUGUCCAGUGAUUCAUGUCAAUGGAGAUUCUCCUGAGGAAGUAUUAAGAGCAACCAAAUUAGCCAUGGAAUACAGAAACAARUUUAGAAAAGAUAUCAUUGUAGACAUGAACUGCUACAGGAGAUGGGGCCAUAAUGAGAUUGAYGACCCAUCCUUCACACAACCAUCAAUGUAUAACUUGAUUAAUGUGCGUAAAAGUGUGCCUGAUUGCUAUGCYGCACAGUUAGAGGAGAUGGGUGUGGUCACACAUGACUCUUUAAUGGAGGAUGCUGCAGGUUACACUACGAUGUUGAACGAGGAUGCUAAAAAAGCAGAAAGCUACAGGAAUUCCCCAUCCCACCUUAGAUCAUCUUGGUCAGGGAUUGUGGAAGCUAGURUUGAUAAAAUAACAUCAUGGGAUACAGGUUUACCACAUGAMACUCUUCUGUACAUUGGCGCCAAGUCAGUAGAGGUGCCAGCUGAUUUCAAUGUCCAUCCACAUCUCAAAAAAACACACAUUGACACAAGACUGCAAAAAUUAAARGAGGGAACUGCAAUGGACUGGGCAUCAGCAGAGGCUCUUGCACUGGGCAGCUUGCUAUUCCAAGGUUAUAAUGCUCGAAUAAGUGGUCAGGAUGUUGGAAGAGGAACAUUCAGCCAUAGACAUGCAAUGUUAGUGGAUCAAAAGACUGACCAUAUUUUUAUUCCAUUGAACAAUGUUUGUGAUGGCCAACGAGGAUUUCUAGAGGUUUGCAAYAGYCAUCUAUCAGAGGAAGCAGUUUUGGGUUUUGAGUAUGGUGURAGCAUUGAGAACCCAAACAAUCUGGUAAUUUGGGAAGCACAGUUUGGAGACUUUUUCAAUGGAGCACAGAUAAUUAUUGACACCUUUGUAGGGUCUGGAGAAACAAAAUGGAUGUUACACAAUGGAUUAGUAAUGCUUUUACCUCAUGGUUAUGAUGGAGCUGGACCAGAGCACUCAUCUUGUCGAAUUGAAAGAUUUUUACAGUUAACAGACAGCAAAGAAGAUGGUAUGGAUGCCGACAACGUCAAUAUGCACAUUGUAAAUCCAACAACACCGGCUCAGUAUUUCCAUCUCAUCAGACAACAGAUGAUCCGCAACUUUAGAAAACCACUCAUUGUAGUAGCACCAAAAUUACUUCUUCGUCUUCCGAGUUCAUAUGGAGCCAAGAGGAGCAUAGAAAUAUGGGGGCAUGGACUUUUGUGUCUCCAAGGUUUGAAAAUGUCCUGGGUGUGAAGCUGAGAUACGUGGGGCGCAAGGUUCUGGCUGCACCAGCUGUUGGUAUUGGRAAAGUUCACAGCCAAGAAGUACAUGAUGUACUACACGGGACCUUUGCACACUAAAMUCGCAAUUUGAAUUCUUUUUCGGAAUAAAUUGUGGUAAAAUUGGUAUAGGUAAUUCCACCGUAAAUUCGAAAGAUGAGCACAAAUUAUUGAAAGACACGUGCAYCCUAAAACCUUUGCGAUCAUUUCUUCUCUUUACAAAUGUUUGGUUCAAAAUCGAAGGUGGCAGAAGUACAUAACCAUUCUGGUUAUGUACUUCUGAAGGUGGCUAAUUUUCUCAAAUGCGUCGUGCAAAGGUUCUUGAAUGUACGUUGGUCUUUAUUUGAUAUUCACUAAUAAUAAUUGCAUGGAUUAACUCAUYCAGAAACAACAAGAAGACUAGGGAGAACUAAUCGCCAUCGUGACACUCAAACAACCAUAUUGGUCAAACCAAUAAUUCUGAUGUUUUUAGUUAGCAUGUGAUGCCAAAAGGAAGGUUUUGUAAAACCCUUACAACUGUGCGAUCACUUCCAACAUUUCUCUAAUUUUAUGGAAUAAAUAUUUUGUUGUAGAAAGUUGGAAAUAUAGGUAUUUAUUAUAGGAGGAUUUUAAUUAAAAUAAAGUAAUAUGGAKUUGACGCACUAAAUCCGUGAAACUUACAGUGCUAAUUACCGCUGUCCCGCUAAAUGGUCUAGACGUCWGAAAUCUUUUGUAUUGUUCUUGUUUCAUGGAUUUAGCGCUCGAACUAUCAUGAAUGGUUUUCUUUUGAUAAGAUAGAAUUGUACUGGAAACGUAUUUGUCAAUAAAUUGCAACAUUCAUUUCAAA